AUGGGGAGCGCACACUGCCGGUAUAAUGGACUCCAAAUCUUCCUGUCCCUUGUGACCUUUGACCUGUGCGCUGAGGCACCUGGCCUCUCCUGUGGUAAUCUGCAUCACUGUCCUGCCAGGGGUUCAGCCGAUUCCUACACGAGUAGACCCUCGGAUUCCGACCUGUCCCUGGAGGAGGACAAGGAGGCGUCUCGGCGUGAAGCCGAGCGCCAGGCGCAGCUGCAGCUUGACAGAGCCAAGGCCAAACCAGUAGCCUUUGCCGUCAAGACGAAUGUCAGUUACUGUGGGGCUCUGGAUGACGACUGUCCUGUCCAGGGUGCGGCCAUCAACUUUGAAACCAAAGAAUUCCUACACAUCAAAGAGAAGUACAACAAUGACUGGUGGAUCGGGCGGCUGGUGAAGGAGGGGGCGGACAUCACCUUCAUCCCCAGCCCCGUCAAGCUGGAAGCCAUGAGGAUCAAGCAGGAACAGAAAGCAGCCCAGAGGAAAGCUGGAAAUGCCUCAUCCAGAGGUUGGGGUUCCACACCACCCUCUGCAGCCAAACAGAAGCAAAAGCAGACAGAACAUGUCCCGCCAUAUGAUGUGGUUCCAUCCAUGAGACCGGUGGUGUUGGUUGGCCCCUCCCUGAAAGGCUAUGAGGUCACAGACAUGAUGCAGAAAGCUCUCUUUGACUUCCUAAAGCACAGAUUUGAUGGGAGAAUCUCGAUCACGCGGGUGACAGCAGAUCUGUCUUUAGCCAAGAAGUCCGUCAUCAAAAAACCCAUGAUAGACAGGCCCAACACUCGCUCCAGUCUGGCGGAGGUCCAGGGUGAGAUUGAGAGAAUCUUUGAGCUGGCGAAGAGCCUGCAGCUGGUGGUGCUGGACGCCGACACCAUAAACCACCCAACACAGCUCCUCAAGACCUCCCUGGCCCCCAUCAUCGUCUACGUCAAGGUGUCCUCACCAAAGGUCCUGCAUAGACUUAUAAAGUCCAGAGGGAAAUCACAGAGCAAACACCUCAACGUCCAGAUGAUGGCUGGUGAUAAACUAGCUCAGUGUCCUCCGGAGAUGUUUGAUGUUAUUCUGGAUGAGAAUCAGCUGGAGGACGCCUGUGAGCACUUAGCCGAGUAUCUGGACUUCUACUGGCGGGCCACGCACUUUCCCGGAUCUGCUCCCGUUUAUCCUUUAGUAGAGCAAAACGCAGCCACUCCUCCCUCAGCCAACUCCAGCCAACAGUUCUCAGAGACACAAGAAUUGAUUGAAUGAGCACUUCAAGGAUCUGGGUGGGUCCAACUGGAGAAGAAGCUUCCAGACCGUUGCUGACUGGAGCCUCUGGUUCUCCAGGGCCUGUAGAUCUCAGUCUCCCCGACCGAAGGCUCAGCAGGGGGCCCAGAUGCAGAGCAGGAUGGAGAGCUGGAGGCUGAGGAGGAACGGAGGAGGACGAGGAGGAGGAGGAGGAGGAAGAGAUGGAGAACGGGCUCCUGCCAAUCUAAGAGCACAGACGUGACUAAAGACCCAUCCAAGCUGCCAACCCUGCCCCUUCUCCCCCACUCCCAGGAAAACACAUGACUCAGGAGCAUCUGCUGCAGCACAAUAUCCCUAAUCCCACUCCCUGCCACCCUACACACAAACACACAACUCACAUAUACACACAGUGGACUGACCGUCCGUACAUCACCAGGACCGGCGUCCAUGUCACAGAAGGUUGCACAGAUAGAGGCUUUGUUCAUGGCCGCCAGCUGACCUCUAGAACACCCUGUCCCCCUUAAUAUCAUUAUCAGUCAGGUAGCACGUGGCUCUUCUGCUUCGCUGCUCUAACUGUACGUACACACCGCCGCUGACUUGAUCUUCCAAAGAAGCUCAAGGACGCUUGUCAAAAAAAUAUAGGGAACUUAGGGAAGCUUUGGACGCUUUGGCCGCUCUGACGUGACAGCAUUUUACGUUCGAUCAUGUUCUAUCUUACUACUUUAUUCUAUUCGAUUGGUUGCUGGUCAUUGGUCGCUGAACCGCGUCAUAGCUCAUUACCAUAAAGUUGACUGACUUUCAACUUUCUGCUUGGCGCUCAAGUCGCUCAAGACGCCCAAAUCGUGACGCCGACGGAUUUGCCGCUUCUGGCAGCUGAGAGAAGCCGGCUUCUAUUGAAAAUGAAUGACUUCCUGAAUCAUUAGAAGCUCAAGUCGGCGGCGGUGUGUACGUACAGUAAGUGUCCACAUUUGCCCACUGCUAUUAGCAUCCACCACGAGGCCUGCUCAGCAGCGUCGUGGCACACCUGACCAGUCUUGGUUUAGUAGCACUGGGUGAUUGGGAGUUGACACUACAGAGGGGAAUCUACCACAAACUGGAAGCCAAGCAACACAAAGCCACAUUUUAUGAAAACGCAUGAGCAAAGGCAAGCAAUAAAAUACCUGGGGACUUUAGUUAAGAUGGCGAUUCAGGGGUGAUUCCAGAUGAGUGGUUGAAAUGGUUCAACUAGAGUUUGAUGAGAGUUCAACUUUCCUUAAAUUUGCUUUUGUUUGCUAUGUUUGCCAGUUUGUCAAACAAUUUGUAGAGUUCAGGGAAUGGAGUCACCUUUACUUCAUUACUGUUUGUUAAUUAAAGCGCCUAGGUGUUGUAUUUCAAACCAGUGGCAUAAAAUCAGUCUAACUGCUUUUUUUAGUUUUCAUAUUGAAUUCUCAACUGCAUGUGUUUGGUUAUUGUGCUGAUAAUUAUGCAGUUAUGGUAUUUCACACUGUGGUCACUUCUUUUUCGGUAGCAUCACAACUUGAAGUAUUUUGUGGCACACAAUUUCACUGCUGUUGUGAGUUAAUGACAGCAGCUUUUCUGUGGCUUGUUGCUGUUUUGUCUUAUUUUGACACUGGGCUUGUGCAAAAGAAAAGUGACUCCCUAAAAAUAUGAAUUUACACUGUUUUUCAGAGACCUCUGUUCUAGGAAAUCUGUGAAUUUGUAAGCUCUUUUUUAUUUUUGUCCGUAAUAACUUUGUGCUGGAACUUAGAUACACUGUUAUGGAUGUGGUGGUGUGGCAGAAAUGACUCAUUUUGACAGGGAAUAGUGUUUAUAACCAAAAAGAAUAACAAUGUCAUGAUUCUAUUCCUAAUCUGAACAUAGCUAAACAUCAACAUUCAUCAACAAGUGUUUGACCUUCAGAACUAAUUUGCAAAUUCUCUUUCAGUUUCCCUAUCUUUUGAUUUCUUUCUCUUUUUAUUCCCCUCUCUCUCAAACACAGAUGACACAUACACACACACACACACACAUACAGUCCCACUGUUACAGAGGAGUUAGCCAGAAUGUGCAGUACUCUUGCAUGACUUACCACUGUAUGGCCUGUAGUCUGGCCAUGGAACAUUCCAGCACCGGAGUGUCAUCUGAUUCUAAUGUCUUACACUACCACUGUGUACACCACAGUCCCUCUAAGGUGCCCUCUGAUCAAGUACAAGGAUCUUAGCGCCCUCUAGUGGUGGAUAAAAUGCUGUUAUGGACAGGGUUGUACUCAACUAAAUUACCUAGAAUUUGAACUAGUAUAACUACUAGAUGGGAAAAUAUUUUAAAGGAGAGAUUUGACAAUCAAAUGCACAGAUGCCACCAUUACUUUAUGUCUGUUUCCAAACUUUUUGCUGUCCCUUAUAUCUCUACUCCUAUUUCUUUCUGUUGCAUGCAAUUGCACAGCCUAUAGAAAUGUAGCAACAGUUAACCUAAUCAUUUUUACUCUCCUCAAACUGACAGAAAAUAAUUUAAAAAAAGAUUUUUUUAUUUUGCCCAUACCAGAACAGAAUGGGAAAUGCCAUGAGCUCAAAUGUCCUCAGCUGUACUUUGUAAAUUUGACCCCAAAGCUAGUCAAGAAACACCUCAGUAAUAUUUGACGAGGCCUCAUAGUAUAUGGUGCUUAAUUCAAUCAUAUGUGACUUGCACAAAUGGCCAGUUCUGCUUUAUAGUGUCUAAUUAUAUUGGAUUGUUGUAAAGCAUCAGUUACACUGGCAUAUUAUCAUUUGGAUGGGAAUGGGGGGUGGGAACUGGAGAGAGACCGUGUCUGACAUGUUCUCCUGCUCUGUGAGGGAGUUACAGCAUGAUUGCUUUCGCCUGCUUCUGUCCUCUACAAACAGCUGAACUACACCUCCUGGCUUACAGCUCACUGGUCUGGCAUCCUUAGUCCUGCCUGCAUUUUCUUCUAAGUACAUUGCAUAGUGUGGAAACACACCAUAUCUAUCAGCGAGCUUUUGGGGUAGACGUCUUCUAUCAGCAGACAAAAAAAUAGCACACACAAAUACGCAUCCUGUGAUAACUGAAACACAUAGCCUAUGUAAACACAUGAGCAGUGGCUGCAUGAGGAGACAAUGGAUGUUAUUGUAGCAGGUAGAUAAACAGCUUUCUCUAUAUCCUACUCAUACUGGCAUUUAGCUGCAUUGAAGUCAUAGCCACUGAUGUAUCAGCACAAAACUGCAUAGAGGUCAGAAUAGACGUUACACACUCGUGCAUAUUAAUAGAAUGUUGCAGUUUACACCAAGCUUCCAUGGGAACAUAGUUGAUAACGCAUCUUAGGAUUCCUGUGGUCUUCCCUCUUUCUGGAAAAGAAUGGAAUCGUAUCAUGUAGGCCUACCCUGAAGCACAGUUAAUUGCUUUUCUCUGUGGUAUCCUGUUAUGGCAUACUUCCUCUCUUGGUAAUUUCGACAACAACAGCAAUCCAGACGUGUUCUUCGGAAACCCAAAGCACAAUUAUGUUUUGGUGGUGGAGUAUUUGUUUUUCACGUCUGUUAUUGACAGAUAUACUGUACCCAAACUCUGUAUGCAAUACUGAGUCUACCACUGCCUCCUCCACUGCAACAGAGGUCCGGAUCAACACAAUUGCACUAUCUUAAUUUUUUAUGUCUGCUUUCUAAUGCAAUAAAUGCACUGAUGAUGAAUACAGUACUCACUGCUGAUACUUACAUUAAUGUUCUAAUCUGACAUUUCCCCUUUCUGAAAGAUAAAGUUGAGUGAAUUAAUAAAGUGUUAAUGAAUAAAAUGUUCUAUCUUAUGCUGUAUAGAAUGCCUCUCUAUUCAAUAAAGAAUGAUAGAGGAUAAGAUUGA